GACGAGCAAGGUUCUUCCCAUGAGCUAAGUGAGCAUGAGUAUGAAGAAAUUUGUGAGAACUCUAGAUUUUGUAUUUCGGAGAGAUGUGUUGACUUUCUGUGUAAUGGAAAGCUCGUAGGUAGUCGUCACACGCAGAAAGCCAUUGUCUUCUGUAUACAUAAAAAUAUGGCAACGAUCGCACCCAUCUUUCAUAUCCAUUCCAAUUCCAAGCUUUUUUAGUGUAACAGUGGUUCUACAUUUCGUGGAACGGUGCUGAACUACUCCUGCAUAUUAUUUUCCUUAAAACUUCAGCGUUUUUUCAGUGGAUUUCUCCGGCAACAAGGAGAUUGACAAGAGGAGCAUCGGACUUGGCAUUCUUAUUAACAUGGCAACGGGGCUCACUUUCCUCUUCUUGAUCACUCUUGCGUGCUCAGUAAUGGUCGAAGACAUUUCUGCAAUGUCUGAUACAGCUCAGCUGAUGCCUUCAGUAUCAGGAGCAACCAGGCAGGUAUGGUCCCUAUUAAGAGGCGCGCAUUUCGAAAAUGUGAAUAUUGAAGUCUGGGAAUUCGACGGAAGCUCCAGAAAGAUGUUGCACUUGCGGGAAGAUAUGAGAACAGCGCUGCCGACUGCAUUCACUAUCUCAUCGAAUGUACAUCAAGGACCCCGAAAACUGCUCGAAGCGUCUGACCCGGGACAGAAUACGGCUCCUGACAGGGGCGGAGGCUCUGGAGAUCAAAAUGGAUAGAGUUGCACGCGACCAAUGAAUCAAAAAGACUGCAUGUUAUUCGCAAGUUUUAUUAUUUUUAGUCAAGAUGUAAUUCCUCUUCACUUAUUAUUCUUAUAAGCAUGCUUACCUAAUUGACAUCUUUAGAAUGAAAGUAAUACAACACAGACCCUACAAGUUUUUCAAACUUUAAGUAUCUUGUUGACUAUUUUUUCAUCUAAGUCAUCAAGCUUUGUUUAAUUUU